GAGAGGUUAGUUAUGUUUGUUCUGAAGGUGGAGCUUCAAAGGACGAGAAGGGCGCGACGCCAGUCGUAAAUUUGCAGAUUCACAAGUACAAACUGUUCUUCAAGAAUGCUGUCAAAGCGGUGCUGGUUGCGCUCCCGCGCGACUCCGUUUCCAUUUUUUACCAAACGGACACAAAACCGGAUUUCUGUACGCACAUCAGCAAAGCGAGUCUCAUUGCAGAAGCCAUUGAGGAUCUGAGAAAAACUGCAGGCAAUCUCCUUGGCGAACUCAUUGAAGAUGCACAUGUCGAUGUCGACAAGGACGGGAAAUCCCCAGCAUGCAUAGCGGACUUGGAAGCGUUGCUAGACAUUCAUAUCGCAUGGCACAAACUUGUAGCGGAUUCUUUCGAAAACAGUUUGCCUAGCGUGGUCGGUGCCGCCUCCACGAGCGGAGGAGGUGGAUGUGUCAACGGCUUGAAGCCUGGGUUUACUCAUGCCAUAUGUGUGAGAAAAGGUAACCCGCAGGCGUCACCGCUGAAUGCUGCAUGCGGACAGUGGGUGUUGGAAGAUGAAAAGCAUGAGCAGGAAGUAGCUGGUUUAUCUGGCACAAUACCAUUAAAAACAUCGGAGAAUGAGAAUGUUGGGCAGUGUUGGCGCCCUCAAGCGGAGAUGUUGCUUCGGCGGAGAGACUUGGCCUUUGCAUCGACUCGACAAGCAAGUACUGGUAGCUUCGCUUCAACAUCCACGACGACCACAGAAAGUAGAAGUCGCUCCUCUACCGAACCCCGGGAGCUUCGUUUCAAGUUCAAAUACCCAUGCGGCUUGAAACAAGAGGACGUCAGAGUACGUUUGUGUGCCGAUGAAAGACUUAGUGUCACAGUUGCUUCUGGAGAUCUAGCUGCAGACGGAGGAGAGUCUUUUCACGAGUACAUCUAUAGGAGGGAGCACGGGCAACAAGGGGACCCUGCAUCGACGGCCUCAGCGAAGAACGGUUGUGCCAGCAGUUCGUGUCAGCAGGC